AUGUUUACUAGUGAUGUUUCUGAACCUUACGAAACCCUAAAACGUUCGAUUCUUAAACGAGGAGACCUAACCGAUCGACAAAGGUUAGAUCAACUCUUCAAUAACAUCGACCUGCAACACGGUUCUGCGACUGACAUGUUGCAAAGAAUGAGAGAAGUGAUAGGCCUAAGGACUUUCGACGGAGGUCUAUUUAAACAACUUUUCUUGUCUAAACUUCCUCAACAGGUGCAAGCGGUUCUGGUCUCAUUUCAGAACAACGCCUUAGACGAGCUAGCUGCAUCUGCCGAUCGUAUUCUAGAAAUAACGAAAUCGUCUACUUCAGAGGUAUUUUCCGUCAAAGAAAAGCCUCACGCGACUCAGAAUGACAUAACCGAGUUAUGUCAUACACUCACGCGUUAUCUUAAUCUUCGUAACGACCGUAGUCGCUCACGCAGUCCACGUAGAAGCAUUUCGCGUAAACGAUCUGUCUCUAGACCACGAGAGACGGAUAACCCUGACUGGUGCUGGUAUCAUAACCAGUAUGGGAAAUCUUCCAGAAAUUGCAGAAAACCCUGCAAUUUUCCCAACACGAAAACGACUGACUCGAAAAACAAUUCGGGAAACUUACAAGCCGGCACGCGUUAA